AUGGAUUUCAAACACAUGGUGGGAUGGGUAAAAGGCAAACCAUUAACUAGCUUCAUAAGAUCGCAUAAAGAAAAGAGAAGAGAGGAAGUUCGAUUCCAUACAGCCAAGUUACAUGCUGCUCUUUCUCUCACACAGCUAGCUGCAGCAAUUGCUGGCUUUGCUACCAAUGGGAGCACAGAACUGUACAAUAUCAAUCACACUGAUCAUGGAGGAACUGGAUCUUGGAACCAGGAAAAGGGUGUUGUAGUUGCCUCGGCUGCAGCUUUAAUGACUACGGUAUGUGCUGAAGCUGCAGAAUAUCUGGGAGCGCAGAGAUCCCAAGUUGCAUGUGCUGUCAACUCGGGCCUGGCCAUCCAAACGCCCAUAGACAUGAUCACUCUUACAGCAACUGCAGCAACAUGUUUAAGAGGAGCUGCAACACUGAAAUCAAGAGCUUUGGAAAACUCCUACUCUCCAAAGAGCCAAGAAGACAUACUUAAAGCAGGUGCUCAAAUAUACAUAAUCAUGCCCUCUGGUGAGUAA